AUGCUUGAUCGCAGUUUGUUCUUCGACGAGGAAGAUCUCACUCGGCGCUGUUGGCACGUGAUUGACGUGUUGGCUUCGAGUGUGCUCAGCUCAAAUGGUCUGUUGCAUAUGGACGCGAACAAUUUGAAAGCGCUGCUCAAACGGGACACAUUGAAUUGCAAAGAGUCAGAAGUGUUUGCAGCCGUUCGGAACUGGGCCGCGGCAGAAUGUGCCCGUCUAGGUCUGCGGGAUGUGAUUUACAAUCGAGCCCAGAUUGCGGCUGAGCUGCUGCAUUUAGUUCGUUUUCCCACAAUGACGUUGAACGAUUUCGCGGAGAAUGUAGCCUAUUCCGGAUUUCUGUCGUUGGAAAUGGUUCGUGAUUUGUUUGUCCACAUCACGGCAAACAAUUCCGCUCAGAGCGCCAAAAAUGCCCGGGUCGGUAAAACGCGUUCGAAACCGAACAACUCCCCGAACGCGCACACACAAUUAGGGGGCAAGCCCGACGUUACUGGUGGCGGCACUGUUCACGGCGAACCGACCCCUUUCAUCGGUCCGUUUCCAUCCGAACCCCGACGGGGUCCACAACUGUGGCGAUGUGCACGAUUCACGCGGACCGGGAAGCAUUUGAUCACGCCAAAUGCUGGCAACACACACCAGCACAGUAUAGUGUUUCAGCUAGGUCUUUUGGCUAAUUUAAAAAAAACCAGUCGUGAGAUGUUUGGUGCAGAGACGUCUGUUUGCACGAGACAGCUGUGUGUUUAUUUGUAUUUGGAACACGUUUCGCCCAAUUGUGCACAUGGAAUCAAUCCCCUAUCCCAAUAA